AUGGCGGCCGGGGAGGAAGUGCUGGCCCUGCAGGCCGAAGUCGCGCAACGUGAGAAGGAGCUGAGUUCCCUGAAGCAGAGGCUGGCGGCGGCCCUUUCGGCGGGGCAGGAGUCAGCGCGCUCGGUUCCGGUGUCGCCCCUGCCUCUCAGGGCCGCCCUGUCCCGAGAGGAGAUCCGGCGCUACAGCCGGCAGCUUGUGCUGCCGGAGCUCGGCGUGCAGGGGCAGCUGCGCCUGGCGGCCGCGGCCGUGCUCAUCGUGGGCUGCGGGGGGCUCGGCUGCCCGCUGGCGCAGUACCUGGCCGCGGCCGGCGUCGGCCGCCUGGGCCUCGUGGACUACGACGUGGUCGAAGCGAGCAACCUGCCCCGCCAGGUGCUGCACGGGGAGGCCCUGGCCGGCCAGGCCAAGGUCUUCUCGGCGGCCGCCGCCCUGCGCCGCCUUAAUUCGGCGGUGGAGUGCGUGCCCUACGCCCAGGCGCUGACGCCGGCUACGGCGCUGGACCUCGUCCGCCGUUAUGACGUGGUGGCCGACUGCUCCGACAACGCGCCCACCCGCUACCUGGUGAGCGACGCCUGUGUGCUCGCCGGCCGGCCCCUCGUGUCCGCCAGCGCGCUGCGCUUCGAGGGCCAGCUCACGGUCUACCACUACGGCGAGGGGCCUUGCUAUCGCUGCGUGUUCCCCCGGCCACCCCCGGCGGAGACGGUGACCAACUGCGCGGAUGGCGGGGUGCUUGGCGCGGUGACCGGGGUCCUGGGCUGCCUGCAGGCGCUGGAAGUGCUGAAGACUGCUGCGGGCCUGGGCCCCUCUUACAGCGGCCGCCUGUUGCUGUUUGACGCUCUCCGAGGCGAUUUCCGCUGUAUCCGGCUGCGGAGGCGCAGGCCCGACUGUGCCGCCUGCGGGGAGCAGCCCACCGUGACAGACCUGCAGGACUAUGAAAGCUUCUGCGGCUCCUCGGCCACGGAUAAGUGCCGCUCCCUCCGGUUGCUGAGCCCGGAGGAGCGAAUUUCUGUCAUGGACUAUAAGCGACUUCUGGAUUCUGGGUUACCCCACCUGUUGCUGGACGUCAGGCCUCAAGUGGAGGUGGACAUCUGUCGUCUGCCUCACGCCCUGCACAUCCCUUUGAAACGUUUGGAACGGCGGGAUGCGGAGAGCCUGAAAGUCUUGGGAGAAGCCAUCCGGGAAGAGAAGCAGGGCGCACAGGAAGGGGCGUCUGUCCCCAUUUAUGUGAUUUGCAAACUGGGCAACGACUCCCAGAAAGCCGUGAAGGUCUUGCAGUCCUGGACAGACUUAGACUCUUUAACAGUUAAGGACGUUGUAGGGGGACUCAUGGCCUGGGCUGCCAAAAUCGAUGGAACGUUCCCGCAGUACUGAGGUGGCUGGUGGAGUCUGACCAGCGAAGGGUGUGGGUUGCCAUGUUACCUAAAGUUUUUUGACCUUUAUUUAUUUGCAGUUGUUUUUUCCAGUAUGUAUGGAAGAGUCUGGGAUUCUACAGUACCUGUGAUUAGGUGGACUUCUUUUUAUAAGGAUCUUUAAAAUUGUAAUUUAUCGAAUUAUGUCGUUAUUAAGGGGUGAUAACAUUGUUCCUGUGAACUGUCUUGUGCUUGCAGCACUUGCUGUAAGUGGUGUCUUGAACCUGUGAGAUACAAUGUAAGUGACAGGGCUUUGUGAUUUGAAUUCAGGUCAUUUGCCUGUGCUGCCCCCUCCCUCCCCCCCAAAUAAAAAGCUUCUCAGGAUGUGAGGGCGAUCUGGUUGUAACACCCGUCGCCCCUUUGAUCGCCAGGGUUGGUGCGACUGACCUGGCUAGCUAGGCAGGUGUCUCCUUCCUCCUCCACUGCUCCCAUCAGCGUUUCUCCCGAAGCUGUGCCCUCACUGAAACCGGACCGCCAUCCCUGGUGGAGGAGGACGAGUCUUCAGUAAAGGGCCUGGGAGUAGCUGUGCUUCCCCGAUAGACCCUCCCAGCAAGCUCCCAAGUUUACUUGCUGUUUAAAUUGUACAUUUUAAUGCUUGGAAAGGUGUAGUAAACUUAAUUGAUUACAGAUAAAAUAGUUAAGCUCACUUUAUUGUUUACUAAGGCAUUUUUUGGAUGUUAUUUCUACUUCAAAUGCUAAAACAAGUUUUAGAGCAGUGGUCCCCAACCAUUUUGGCACCAGGGCCUGAUUUCAUGGAAGACAUGUUUGGGGGAGGGGGGACGGUAAUUUCGGUUUCCAUCACCCACCUCUCCGCUUUGCAGUCCGGUACCUAACAAGGCACCAACCAGGACUGGGAUUCCGGGACCCCUUUAAUAGAGAAAUCAAUAUUUAAAAUGUAAAUUAUUUAAACGUUAAAAUGCAAAUUACCUGGGACGUGGUCAUUUUAUUGUUUCAAAUUAAUAGCCAAGUAAGAUACUUACAGUCUAGUAAGAUAGAGACCAUCUUUGUAGUUUGUCAGUUUCUUUUAUAAAUCACUGAUGUUUUUUAUAUGUUUAGCUUCAGGUUCCACCUCUGUUGUGCAAAUAGAAAUUUCUAAACUGUGUUGUGUGGCUUGCUCUGAAAUCUUAAGGUCCAAGUCCAAACUUUCUGCCCUUCCCUGUCCUUUUUUCCAUGUUCAACCUGUUACUUUAAUUGUUGGCUUUACUGUGUGGCCAGGAUGCCAAAUACAAUAUUAAAGUGAAAUAAUAAACAUUUCUUCUCUCCUUCACAAUUUCAGGUGAAAAACUUUGACCAAUAUUACCUGUUGUUGCUUUACUGUAAGUAAAUAACCUCUCUCAGAUUAAAUUUCUAUUUA